UACAGCUCCAGCGGGGGACAGAAUGUGGCUGUCGUCGUAAGCGGCAGAACGACGACUCUUCUCAGAAACUUAUUCAAAUCUUUCCCAAACUGUGGAUUUUCUUUCCUUCUGUUUUUUUUUCUCGUAAGAACUCAAAUUAACCCGUUCGGAUUAACACUUUUAAAAAGGAAUAACUUUGUUUUCUCAUUAAAAGGUUUAAGGAUGCUGUCAGAGGUUCGAUGCAGUUUGUGGGCGCAUGGAGACGGUGGCAGUGCUGCUCGCUGUGUGCAUCAGGAAUCAAAGGCCGCCAUUGUUGGAAUGAGAAGCAGAUUGGCUGACUGCAGCUCGGGUCCCCAUGCUCUGCCUUGUGAGUGCUGCUUGGCCUGCUGAGCCCGUUGAUGCUGGUGUGUCUGUACUGGGCUGCAGCUGAAGCAGGGAUACAGUGACUGGUGGUGGUGUCUGUGCCUGCGGUGGUGGAGGUGGGUCGUCAGAGGGCCCAGAGCCCGGUAGCAGGCGGAGGGGCCUGUCCUGUCCCAGCCACACGAAGAUGAACAAACUGAACUUCCACAACAACAAAACCAUGCAGGACCGCCGCUGUGUCUGUGUCUUUUUGCCCAAUGAUGACACGCUCAAUGUCAUAGUCAAUGUGAAGACCCUGUGCCAGGAACUGUUGGUUCAGGUGUGUGACCUCCUGAGGCUGAAGGACUGUCACCUGUUUGGACUCAGUGUUAUUCAGAAUAAUGAACACAUUUAUAUGGAGCUGGAUCAGAAGCUAUCCAAAUACUGCCCCAAAGAAUGGAAGAGAGAAGCCAGCAAGGGCAUCGACCAGUUUGGGCCUCCAAUGAUCAUUCACUUCAGAGCUCAGUAUUACGUUGAGAACGGUAGAUUGAUCAGUGACCGGGCAGCCAGGUACUACUACUACUGGCACUUGAGGAAACAGGUGCUGCUCUCACAGUGUAUCCAAAGGGAGGAGGCCUACUUCCUCCUGGCAGCCUUCGCCCUGCAGGCUGACCUCGGCAACUUCAAACGUAACAAGCACUUUGGGAAGUACUUUGAACCUGAAGCCUACUUCCCUCCAUGGGUGAUAGCCAAGCGUGGCCGUGAGUACAUCCUGAGGCAUAUCCCAAAUAUGCACAAAGACCAGUUUGCUCUUACGGCUUCAGAGGCGCACCUCAAAUACAUCAAGGAGUGUGCCCAGCUUGACGACGUCACUGUCCACUACUACAGACUCUACAAGGACAAGAAGGAAGUAGAGGCAUCUCUUACAUUGGGAUUGACUUUACGUGGUAUCCAAAUAUUUCAGAAUGUCGGGACCGUGAGGCAACUGUUGUAUGACUUCCCCUGGACCAACGUGGGAAAACUGGUAUUUGUGGGGAAGAAGUUUGAAAUCCUUCCUGAUGGACUACCCUCGGCCCGUAAACUCAUCUACUACACAGGUUGUCCCGUGCGCUCUCGCCACCUCCUGCAGCUGCUCAGCAACAGCCACCGGCUCUACAUGAACCUGCAGCCUGUUCUCAAACAAGUCCGUCGGUUGGAGGAAAACGAAGAGAAGAAGCAGUACAGGGAGUCGUACAUCAGCGACGCUCUCGAACUGGACAUGGAGCAGCUGGACAAACGUUGCCGGGCCAGCGGCAGCAGCGCAGGGAGCAUGUCUCAUCACAAACGCCUGUCCCGCCACUCCACGACUAGCCACGGCAGCUCACACACCUCUGGUAUUGAGACGGACAGCUUCAGGGCCCCGGGUCAGGCCCCGCACAGGCCCCUAAGAACCUGCAGCUCGUCCACAACCAGCCACGGGAGCUCACACACCUCCGGCAUCGGGAGCAGCGGAAAAGAGCGCAUACUAGAUGAUGAUGAGAUUGAGAUGCUAGUGGACGAUCCCAAAGACUAUGAGGAGCUUCAUGAGAUGGCUCUGGACCAGGAGCUGUGUAUCCACAUCACUGAGGACAUGUUGACCAUGUCGCCUGAUCAGACCAACGGAUACUCAGGACUGAUAGUAAAAGACGUCAGCUCCUCCACGUCCAGCUCCUCUGAGACCGUCGUCAAGAUGAGAGGACAAAGCAUCGAGUCUCUGCCACAGACAUCUGCGUGCAGGAAGCCUCAGUCUUCGACCGACCGGCACAGCCAGUCUCUUGACGACGUCCGGCUCUACCAGAAGGACUGCCUGCAGUGGGCUGAGCUCUGCCAGGACACCGCCCACAGCUACACAUUUGGUUGCGCCCAGGAGCUGAGUGACGGCGGCGGUGGCUAUCAGGGCCUCGCCGACCAGCGUGCCAGCAUGCUCACUGAGCAGCACCCCAUCAAAAGAACCAACAAGUACUUCUCCCUGGACCUGACCAGCGACGAGGUCCCCGAGUUCGUGGUGUGACGGAGGCGGAAACAAGGCAACCUCAGGGUGAACUUUUCGCUCCGCCAUGUCAGAUGUGGAGAUGUUUCAGCCCUCAGGGAACAAGACAAGAGAGGAGUGUUGGAGAGGUGGUUUCUAUUCUUGGCAGCGAACAGCAGCGAUGAGUAAACUGGCAGCAAGUUGGCUGUCUCUUCACUUACCACUUCGGAUGAAUAACACAUAAUAAAUGAACAAAAAUGGAGGAUUCUGGCUGAAAUGGGAACUUAAAGAAUGAACACUGGGUUCAAGACAACCUGUGUCUUUAAAAGUAACCUGAGCUGCUUCCCCUGUGUGAAAGGAAACAAAAGGGAUCGUGUCAACUUAUUUUAAAAACAUUUUUAUUCAAAUCUGUCUCCUCCAAACUGGUUUCAAGAACCACACGUCGUGUUUGCCUGCUUUGUAAAGUCAUAAAAAGACUGUGUGUGCAUGAACGUAGGCUUACAGCAGACAAAGAUUGAUGCACAGACAUAUAGACAAGAGCAUAUCAAAGGUUUUCUCUGGAGGACACAAAGAACAAAAUCACUGAGCUACAAACCAAAGACAAGAAAUGGAAAUAAACUGAAAGGAAAUGUCCAACUUAUUCUCAGUGUGCAGCCCUGACAAAAACAUUUCAAAGUCAUGGUGGGAGGGAAGAUAAAUCCAUAAUCCUUUGAGAGAAAGCAACUGUGGUUUCUUCCCUUGGUCUUCUUCUAUGCCACUUCAUUUUACCUCAACAGGAAGUGGUGUGCCAGCUCCCCCCUCUCAGACUGGACUCUUAUGGUACGUGUCCACAGAGGCUUUUUUGGACGUAAGGGGUCGCGCCGCUUCCCAGCAUUGGACGCUUGAUAGGCGUGCCACUAGAUGUCACGAUAGAUGAUUGACAAAUGCUCUCCUUCCCUGAAACACAACAGGAAACACUUCCUGGCUGCACCUGAUUGGACGAGCGCUUUCACUCGUGGGCUGUCUGCUCCCAGAUUUCAAACUGGACCAACAUGACGGCUCGUUUGGAAACUUUCUUAUAUUACGAAAAUAGUUCACCAAAAUGUGUUUAUGAAAACAUUUGAGGUGAGAAAUAAGCCAUGCAGUUGCUGAAUCUGUCUUCAUUUUAGAUGGACAGUGGUUAGUUUUAAUGGUUUUUCAGGAGUUUUCCAGAGGCGGCGAGUCGUGCUGGACGCCCCUGAUUUGCAUAAAGCCUAGAUUCAACUUUAUGCAAAUUAGGAACGCCAACGUGACGGCCCACCUCUUGAAACGCAACGCUACGCUACCAAAAUGCAUUGCAGGGCUUGGAAAGCGUGGAAAUGACGGAUCCUGUAGACACGUACCAUUAAUCAUGUGAACACACACCCGAUGUGCCUUCAUCACACUAUGCAGGUGUCAAACCCUCGUCUUGACAAUCACACGCCCUCACCUUACUCAAUUUUAAAGAUCUAACCCAUCAAAAUUCAAAGCUCUACAUUAUUUUUAAAUGUUAUACACUCACCUCUUUAGCAUAUCAAGACAGUUUUUCAGCAUCUUAAACAUCAAAAAGACUCGAUUUCAAUCUGUUUCAUGUCCUGUGAAAUCCGACCGAGUUUCCUGGAAGGAAUGAGGUCGAGUAAGUUACUACAUGUCCUGACUUGAGUUGAGUUUGUGGCCUCAAAAGCUUCCCUGUAAUCUAGACUCAAAAUGGAGCCCAGUUGGCUGUUGGCCAAAACAAACUGUACAUUUUGAUGCAUACAUUUACGCCUUCCUUUCUGCUCAAGUUUUAUUCCAUUUUUGUUGUUUUCUGUUUCAUUUCGUCUAUCAUUUUAAACUGGAAUUUGUUACAUUUUUUAUUUUUCAUCCUCUCUUUUUACCUGAAAUCUCUUUACAUGUUGUAUUUUUGUAUGAACUGUCCAGACUUGUGUAUGUUGAACAGUUAUUCUGUGUGCGGUUGAUUUAAUUCAGUAUUACAAGCAAAUGUAUGUGACAGUAUUAAGGACAUGUGAUGUUUGUGGCUCAGAACAAGAAAGACUGGUUUUAUCAUUUUAAUUUCGCGGUGAGAUUCAAGAGAACUGAAGCCCGUGGUAGUGUUACAAGCUGUUAUUUCUCAUAAAUCACAUCUCAAAUUUCAAUACACUACAGCUGCCGUGAAUGAGGACAUGAGGUUGUUGCAGGUUAAAACAACAAAUAAGAUGUUUUUACGCAUAAAUCAUUCAGCUGAAAUUCAGAGUGCCACAGUUACAGUUUUGUCUGAUUUAAGUUAAUACUGUCAUGCUUUUUUAAGGUUACAACCAUAUACUUUAUCUUCUCUUUAUCUACUCUUGAAUUAGGUGGAAAACACUGCACCAUAACUUUUGUCAUGACCACAGAAUAACAUUUUGAUUUUAAAAUGAACUCUUAAAAAUAUUAAGUUCUACAUACAACUUUCCAAGUGGUUGAAAUGAUCCUUUAAGUUACUGAAAAACACUAAUUGAAAAAGUGGAUUCUGCUGUUGUAUGAUAUUAAAGGAAUACUUCAUCAUUUUGGGAAAUAACUUAUUACUUUCUUGCUGAGAGUUAGAAGAGAAGAUUGAUACCACUCGCAUGUCUGUACACUAAAUAUGAGUCUACAGCCAGAAGACGAUU